UUGGCUGUAGCGCUGGAACUGAACGUCUCCUGGGUUCUUCAUGCUGACAGUUUAAGGGAAAUAAGCUCUGUGAUAAGCAGAGCUAGAAAAUCCACCAGGAACAAGGCUCUGGCGCUUGGGAAGGGACUUGGAUUCCAGGCCAGGCACUGCUGCUUCCCAGCUGUGUGGCCUCAGGGCAGCUCACCUGACCUGCACCCAGGUUGUGGGGGCUGUAUGGUUACAUGUGAGCUCUUUGAAAACUGGCAAGCAUUUUGCCAAUAUAAAGAAUGACUUCUACUCUCAGUAGCAGUGAGAAUAAAUAGUAACAACAAUGGCUGUUUGCCAUGCAGCAGGUGCUCAGAACUAUCUGUUGAAAUAAUGAGAACUCCACCCCUGCAGUUUGAAGGCAAGCAACCCGCAGGGCCCCAGAGAGGAGCCACAGGAGGCUACAGGAGACUGCACAAGGUCCAGAAUGGAUGGGCAAGGCGGGGAUUCGACUUGGCUCUUGCAGAGGCAGCCAACUGGCCCUCAUCCGGCCCUGCCAAGUCCCGUGUGGCAUGGGCAGGCUUCAUGGCAAUUCUCUCUCCAGGUCUGCCCCUCUGGCCCAGCUGGGACAGGUGCCUGGCUCCACAGCCUCUUUGCUGUGGCUUUACAGGAAACAGGUGCUUGUGCCAAUCAGCAGAGAGCGCCUGGUGCAGGGUGUGGAGGAGAUGAGAUAAAAAGUUGUUGGUGUGUGUGCAGGUUUGCAUGUAUGUGCAUGGGUGUGUGUGCAGGUUUGCAUGUAUGUGCAUGGGUGUGUG